AUGGCGAUCAGCGAGAGGGAGUGGAAGAUGAUCAUUAUUGUCUCGGUGCUAGUCGGUCUCGCCACCAUUUCUGCCAUCUUGCGCCUAUACGCCCGGUACAAGCUUCGCAUCUUCAUCGCCAACCAAUUCACGUACUUUGUUCUCGUCCCCAUUCUCAAAAUCUCCUUCAUUAGCUUCUAUCGCCGCAUCUUCUUUACUUCUCACCGCUUCAACGUGGUCUCCUGCACCUUCAUCUGUAUCAUCGGUAUUUGGGGCGCUGGCAUAUUCCUCAUCUGCGCCUUGCAGUGUCGGCCACUUCGGGGUUACUGGGAUAAGAGCAUCGAGGCGCAUUGCAUCAAUGGAAAUGUUUUCUUUAUUGUGAAUCAGGGCUUUAAUGUAGUUAUGGAUUUUGUCAUCUUGGCGCUACCGCUGCCGAUCAUCUUUAACCUGAAGAGGGCAUGGCAGGAUAAGGUGGCGUUGAGCGGGAUCUUUGCUCUUGGUGGAUUUGUUUGCUUUGCGAGUAUUUACCGCAUUGUUGUUUUGUUCUAUAUUGACCCCCAAGACCCAACUCAUACCGUCUACCGGGCCACCCUCUGGACACAUAUAGAGCCCUCAGUGGGCCUUAUUUGUUCCUGUCUCCCCACAAUCCGUGGGCUCUUUCCUGCCUACCGCUGGCACUCGCGGACCUCCCCCUAUCCGCCAGAUCACCACGACUACAUCAAUUCUUCCUCGAAUAGAGGCGCUGAGCACCUCGUAGCCAGCGACCUGUCAGAGAACUCGGUUUACAUCAUGAUGGAGGAUGGGGUGGUGAAGCCAGAGCAGGGUCACGGGUGGGCCGAGGACCGGCAUGAUAUUGAGGAGAAUGGGGGAAGGCGCGAGGGAGGGAUUGUACGGAGGACAGAUACAAAAGUUGUCCAGGGAUUGGUAUAG